AUGCCUCGCGCAGCCAAAUCGACAGGAAAGGAACGGCAUGACCCGCUUCAUGUUCAAAUAGCAGAAGACGAGCUACAUGCGAAAUAUGGCAGAGUGUCUCGGCCUGGCAAAAGAGUGAAAACAAAGAAUCCUAAACCGGAUGAUGAGGCGGGAGAGGUUAUCCUGGAUUCAAAGACGUCAAAAAAGAUCUUCCAACUUGCAAGGGAGCAACAGGAGGAGCUGGGACCAUGGGAUGAUGGGGAGGAAGAGGAGGAAGAUGACGAGGACAGGGCCAACUUCUCACUAACACGGACACAAGAAAUUCCUGACGAGGACGAGGAUGAUCUCGAGCGUUUUGAAAAUGACGACUACGAAGAAGAAGUGGAAGAGAUUGAGGUAGACGAGAAUGACAUGAAGACGCUCGAUGCACUCCUUCCUGCAAAUGCUGGCGAGCGACGGACGCUGGCCGACAUUAUUUUCGCAAAACUGGAGGACUUUGAAUCCGGUCAGACGACCAUAAUACGGAAAACAUCGGAAGACCCCAACCGAGCACCAGAUCCUGCAGCAGGGCUAAAUCCCAAAGUGGUAGAAUUAUACACAAAAGUCGGUCUUGUCCUCUCUAGAUACAAGUCCGGCCUGCUACCCAAACCCUUCAAGAUUAUUCCCUCUCUCCCUGCCUGGGCGCGUAUGCUCGCGCUCACGCGCCCUGAAAACUGGACGCCACAGGCCUGCCAUGCCGCGACGCGUAUCUUCAUCUCGCAAAUGAAGCCACCACAGGCCCGCAUAUUCCUAGAGGGCGUGCUGCUCGAUGCGAUCCGCGAGGACAUUCGACUGACAAAGGAGGGUGCAAGGAAGAUCAAGAACCAUAGAAAGCUGAACGUGCACUAUUAUGAGAGCAUGCGGAGGGCGUUAUAUAAGCCAGCGGCAUUCUUCAAAGGGAUUGUGUUCCCCCUCUUGAAUACAGGCUGCACAUUGCAGGAGGCGGCAAUUGUUGCGUCUGUGCUAGUUAAAGUGAAAGUCCCGCUUUUGCACUCGGCCGCUGCGCUGAUUCGACUGGCCAACAUGGAGUACUCAGGCCCAAACUCCCUUUUCAUCCGCGUUCUCCUCGACAAAAAGCAUGCACUACCAUACAAGGUGGUUGACGCGCUCGUCUUCCAUUUCAUCCGCCUCUCGAACACAUACAGAGCCCGCAGUGUGGGCGAUGUUGAUAAGCUUCCCGUGCUCUGGCAUCAGAGUCUCCUGGUAUUCUGUCAGAGGUAUGCAUCCGACUUGACACCAGAUCAAAAAGAUGCAUUGUUGGACGUCGUGCGCGUGAAUCCCCACCCACAACUUGGCCUAGAGAUACGAAGAGAGUUGGUCAACUCCGCUGCACGAGGAGACCCGCGCCCUGAUGCUGAUGGUGACAUCGCAAUGACAUGA